AUGACGGUACAUAGCCCUUGCAAGCGGACAGCCCCCUUCCUUCGUCGCACCUGGCUCAGGGGAGUCAAGGCUCUUCAGGAGUCAUCAGUCAUGGGGAAUAUCAUAUCCUCCCCCAUGCAUAAGUUACCUCAAGUGCCUCACCACGGCGAAGCCAACGAGGCCAGGCCCACAAAGCGUCGUCGCAUCUCAUCCCCUGACGCUCUCGACAUUGACCAUCUCAUCGCGUCACCGCGCAUGUCCGAGUCUGGCUCAACACUCCGCAUUGAAGUCCUCAAGAUACUCCACAAGGACUCGAAAAGGGUCAAGUCAUACCAGCCUGCUCUCCCCUGCGACGUGCUUGCUAUCAAGGCGCGAUGUAAAGUCACCAUCCUGGAUACGAGCUCAGGGCCGCCUCAAGUUCUACACUGCCAGAGUCAAAUGUGCGACUUGACCACUUUCAAGAACCCCGCGGGUCCUCAUCGCGUAGCCCGCGUUGACUUGCCGCGACCCUUUUUUGUUCCUCAUUACAGCAUUCUUAUUAACAGGCCGGACGAUGGGGGCUUCGACCUAUCAGACUCAUACCAGGUGCUCAUUGAGCUGGAAUCCGCCAAUUCCAUUCAUUGGCCCCCUCUUGACUCGCACGACUUUGGGAUUCCCGCCGAAACACUGUACUCGCCAUGGUGCACGACCCAGCAUUGGACUCUUUCCAGCAGGUUUGAUGCCGUCUUCGGCAGGCUGAAGAACCCUCUAAGCUUAUCUACAAGAUACCCGUCGGAUCAAUCCAGCUACCAGACCAACUAUGUCAUGGAUGUCGACCUUCGGUGGACAGCCGGGCUCAAGACCCCACGACAACUCGACAAAGGUUCCAUGUCUUGCAUCACUGCAGUCGACCCCGACUCGGACUUGUUCAGCAACAACGUAAUCAGCCCGCUCGCGAAUGGCACUGUUGUCAAUGGCAUCAACGGGCACGUGGACGCUGUGGAAUCCCCAAAAGAUCACGAAGACGAGUUUGGCGGCGACCAAACCCCGUCUCGGUCACUGAGAGCGCGAGCAAAGAACAAGGUGUACAACCUGAAGAUAUUAAGCGACCAGCAACUCGAGAGAGACAAGAAGCAGCGGGGGCAAAGUCCCCACGAAGCAACAAGCCAAGGCCGGGUACAGUAUCUCUUACCGUCGGAUCAGCCCAUUUCGCUGGAUUUUUACCGCUGCAUCAGCUGCGGCGCGUACCACGAGUCCAUGGACCAGCUUCGACUGCAUCUGCAACACUGGCAUCCGCACUUUGAGUACAUCUUGGAAAACUCCAACCAAGGGCCGCUGUUCCGGGUAUCUCCGCUUCGGGAACUGACGGCGUCGCCUCAAAGGACCCACUGCCUUGUCCGAACCGCCAAGCCAUUCAGCAUUCAAACUCUAAGCUCAGGAGAUCAAUCCUGGCUCAAGUCACGACUCGGACCCGAUGGAGACGAACCGUUUAGAUCGCCUGUAAAAGCUACACUGGGUCGGCUCAGCGCAGGCUCGCCGGUUGCAAAGGUGCCCCAACCCGCAACACGCCGGCUCCGAGGAGCACAAGUCAAAAAGGCCCUGGUUCCGGACAUUUCACUGCCGCUCUUCCAUCCCAUCAGCAAGGCAAGAUUGAAGGCUGGCCAGGAAGUGCCUCAACCCAUUCCCGACAACACGUGGUUGAUUCAAAAGCACCGCGAGAGCAUAAGCGACUUUUCCGACGUGACCCCAGCAGAGAAGGAAUACAUAUGGGAGUGGGACGGUUACAUUCUGCGUCAGAACAUCACAUCUGCAGCGUACUUUGCGCGUGCCUGGCUGAGUUUCGUUGCGGAGAAAGCUGCUUGGUUGGUUGGUGCGGAGCAUCGGAUGCUGGAGUUUGCCAAACACUGCAGCGUGCUUUUGGCCAGGGACGUCUUGGGCGAUGAAGACAUGCAGCAAGCAUUCAGGUGCAUUAAUGAUGCGAGAACAUCAUCCGCCGUCAAUGGAAGAGGUCGAGGAUACGGCGUCACCAGUCCACGGGCAAAGGAUGAACCGACGAAGCAGUCGCCGCGAGCUUCGCAGAUCCGCAAAAGCGCAAACGGAUGCCGCGUCUGCCAGUUGCCAGUUAUCGGGCCUCGCCUUCUGUUAUGCUCCAACACUGCAUGUUUGAAACGUCUAUACCACGCUGAUUGCAUCAAGAAAGAUGCUCUUGGUCCCGUGUUAGGCCCGGGCUGGUUAUGCAACGAUUGUACGAAUAGCAGAGCUUCUGACUAG